UGGCCACUUUUCUAACCUCAUUUUGCACCCACCUUCCCUUCUUCGUUUUAAUUUCAUUUAUGGGAGAAAGUAACUGAGAGAAACCAAAAGGAAAAAGAAAAAUGGGUUCUUUUGAGGCGGUGAUGAUGCAGAAGAACGCAACGGCGAAGUUCAUUGCAACGGUUCUGGUGGGUGGCGUGAUCGUUGGUGUGUCACUGUACGGAUUGCUGCAGUCUUCAGAAGGGCUUCAGAAGAAUCUGGAGCCUCUUGGUUUGUGGAAGAGAAGGAGGAAGAAGAAGACAAUUAGGGUGUACAUGGAUGGAUGCUUUGAUAUGAUGCAUUAUGGCCAUUGCAAUGCUCUUAGACAGGCACGUGCUCUUGGUGAUGAGCUUGUUGUUGGUGUUGUUAGCGACGAUGAAAUCAUUGCAAAUAAGGGUCCCCCUGUCACCCCUCUUGAAGAAAGGAUGAUUAUGGUGAAUGCUGUAAAGUGGGUUGAUGAGGUUAUUACUGAUGCUCCAUAUGCCAUAACUGAGGAGUUCAUGAAGAAGCUCUUUAAUGAGUACAAUAUAGAUUACAUUAUUCACGGGGACGAUCCUUGUAUUCUUCCUGACGGCACUGAUGCUUAUGCUCAUGCAAAGAAAGCUGGCCGUUACAAGCAGAUAAAGCGCACCGAAGGAGUUUCUAGCACUGAUAUCGUUGGUCGUAUGCUUCUCUGUACGAGAGAAAGGUCUGCCAGUGAGAACCCUAACCACUCUUCUUUACAAAGACAGUUCAGCCAUGGUCAUAGUCACAAAUUUGAAGAUCGUGGAACUCGUAUUUCUCAAUUUAUGCCUACAUCUCGUAGAAUUGUUCAGUUCUCAAAUGGAAGGGGCCCGGGACCUGAUGCACGCAUUGUAUAUAUUGAUGGAGCCUUUGAUCUCUUUCAUGCUGGUCAUGUUGAGAUCUUGAAGCUGGCUCGGGAACUAGGAGAUUUUCUUCUUGUUGGAAUACACACUGAUCAGACAGUCAGUGAAACUAGAGGACCGCAUCGUCCUAUCAUGAAUCUCCAUGAAAGAAGUUUAAGUGUUUUAGCAUGCCGCUAUGUGGAUGAAGUUAUAAUCGGUGCGCCGUGGGAGGUGUCCAGGGAUAUGAUCACAACAUUUAACAUCUCAUUAGUUGUCCAUGGAACCAUUGCGGAAAACGAUGAUUUUCAGAAGGAAGAAUCCAACCCAUAUGCUGUUCCCAUUAGCAUGGGCAUCUUCAGAGUCUUGGUUAGUCCUUUAGGGAUAACAACCACUACAAUAAUUAGAAGGAUUGUAUCAAAUCACGAGGCAUUCCAGAAACGGAAUGAAAAGAAGGGGGAGAGUGAGAAGAGAUACUACGAGAGUAAGACUCAUGUCCAUGGAGACUGAAUGAUUUCUAUUGUUCUCGGAAUUAGACAUGGCAGCUUAGUAAAUUUUUAGGCCUGAUUUUAUUCUCUCUCUGUUAGUAAAAUGAAAUGAUAGUUCUGUACUAUCGUUCAGUUUGGACCAUAAUUGGACAUUGCGAUCUCUGCAUAUGAUUAAUCAUUUGCUAAACUGAUUUAGCCAGUGAUAUGUUUCUAGUUAACCAUGAAUAUUAUCUCCGAAUAAAUUCAUGGUUAAGUAAAUCAUGGCUGAAUUAGUUUGGAAAAACGAUCCAACUUUAUGAUUCAAGCUGAGCAAAGCUAUCAUUUUCACUUUAUUUUGGUUUUUGGUCUCUUAUCUAUAUUUAUCGCCUAGAUUUUUUUAAUAACAUGUUACAUUUGUAUUAUUGCUGUAUGUGAAUUUUAUGAGGAUUGAUCGUCUUUGGUCGAAUUCCUUUUGUUCUUGUUUGAUAAAUUAGUAAAGAUAUAU